CCAUUCAGAAUGUCUGCAUUCAGCCAGCUCUACUGAGGAACGACGCAAAAGAGAUAGAGAACGCAAACGAGAAUCAAGAAAAAAUCAAACAGCUGAGCAAUGUCAAACAGAAAAACAACGUAAAGCAACAGAUGAAUAUCGUGAAAGGGCAAGAGCACAGAAAACGGCUAAGAGACUUAAUCAAACAGCUGAGCAAUGUCAAACAGAAAAACAACGUAAAGCAACAGAUGAAUAUCGUGAAAGGGCAAGAGCACAGAAAACGGCUAAGAGACUUAAUCAAACAGCUGAGCAAUGUCAAACAGAAAAACAACGUAAAGCAACAGAUGAAUAUCGUGAAAGAGCAAGAGCACAGAAAACGGCUAAGAGACUUAAUCAAACAGCUGAGCAAUGUCAGACAGAAAAACAACGUAAAGCAACAGAUGAAUAUCGUGAAAGGGCAAGAGCACAGAAAACGGCUAAAAGAUGCAAACAACCAAGUAAAGAACAACACUGGCCAGCAGCGAUCCCGCGUGACAGAAAAA